UCUGUCUGCAAGCUUCAAUAUCAGAUAUGGAUCUCCUGUGCUUCUUCCUGUUGGCCUCAGCAUUAACCAAAUCUGUGCAAAGCGCUGCGCAUGAGAAGCAGGCGUCACUCUACAGAUGGCCACAGAAUACUGAGGAGAAGGAUGAUAGGCUCCCAUUGUUGGAAGAGGUUCAUGAUUCCAUUUUGCCAACAUUCUUCCCCUUCGAGGCUAGUAGUCCAGGACUAGAAAAUAGGGAUAUAAGCAAGGACAGGUCAAAUCGUGGAGAUGGAACAAAUGAAGCAUACCCCAUAGUUUUGGAGAUGUCUGAUGAAGAUGGGAAGAACAUUCCUGUGCUGCUGAGUGACGAGAUGCUCACACAACUUUUAAGGAGUUCUGAGGAAAAGCAGCAUGGUGUGGAGGGUGAGGAAGAUGAGGAUAUAAAUAAGGAGAGUGUGGAGAUACCAACAAAGUCAAAACAUAAUGGAGACGAGCAGCAAAAGCAACAAAAGGAGAAAGAUUUGGAAGAAGAGGAGGUGGGGAGUAGCACAGACUCUGAGAUACCAGUAGAUUUAGACUUUAUUUCUGAGGGUGUACCUAUGAAAACUCAAAGCACGAAGCUGGACAAGAGCAAACCCUUAACCAGUAGGUUGAAAGGGGAAGAAAAGGUUGACAGUGAACUUCCCACAGUCAUGGAAUACUAUGACGCUCAGCCUAAUCAAGAUUAUGAAGAUCCCAAAGAUGGUUGGCAAGAAAAAGCAUUUGACCAAGUUAGGUCUAAUAAAGGUCUCCAACAUGAGCAGAUACUUCCAAAUCCUGACAUUGACAAAAUGAUCACAGAUGCAGACAAGGUCAUAAUGGGCCUGGGGGGAAGGAACCUCACUGAGGAAAAGGAGGGAGGGAAGGACACUAAUGAAAAUGUCAGCCAGGGUAAUGGAAAACACAAGGAACAGAUAAAGAGCAAGAGACUGAGACAAGCACAGAGUGACCAGGCUUUGAGUGCUGAGGUGACCCCAGAUGAUUCUCAAAUCCAAGAGCCGGAGAAAGAGGCAGAACUCACACUCAACAUGUUGCAAAAGAAAAAAGGGAAAUUGGCAUCUGUACUGGGAAUGAACCCUGUGCAGAUCAGGGCUGCUGUGGAUCUUUUCCCCAGAAUUACUCCCACAGCCCGGUCCAAAUCCAGAACUGGAACAGAUCCAGGACAGGAAGCUUCAGUCGAUUCAUGCGAGAACUUCCACUGUAAGCGGGGGAAGACAUGCAAGCUGAAUGAUAAGAAGAAACCCAGCUGUGUGUGCCAGGAACCUGCAGAUUGUCCUCCAAGUCUCAGUGAGCUGGGACAUGUUUGUGGAACAGAUAACCAGACCUAUACCUCAUCUUGUCAGCUCUUUGCCAUCAAGUGCAGCCUUGAGGGGAGCAAAAAAGGUCACAGACUACAUCUGGACUACACGGGCUCCUGCAAAUUUAUUCCACCGUGUCUGAAGACAGAGCUUAUACAUUUUCCACUCCGCAUGAGAGACUGGCUGAAGAAUGUGCUGCUGCAGCUUUAUGAAGAAGAUAUCCUUACAGCCAAGCAGAGAUCCAAAGUGCAGAAGAUUUAUGAGAAUGAGCGGCGUCUCCAUGCAGGCGAUCACCCCAUCGAACUCUUGGCUCGAGACUUUGAGAAGAACUACAACAUGUACAUAUAUCCAGUUCAUUGGCAGUUUGCACAAAUGGACCAACAUCCAUCAGACAGGUUCCUGUCUCACUCAGAGCUUGCUCCUCUGCGUGUUCCUCUGGUUCCUAUGGAGCACUGCACUUCGGUAUUUUUUCAUGUGUGUGAUGCAGACAAGGACAAGCUGCUCUCUUUCAGGGAGUGGUGCCGCUGUUUUGGCAUCAAGGACGAGGACAUGGACUCCAAGAUGCUGUUCUAAAUAAAUGAUGCUUGUUGCCACAAGAUGGAUGCUGCUCACAGAAGCUCCUUCAGGGAGGAGGAAGAAACCUCAAUGUGAGAGCAAACGGAAAGAGUUAAGAAGCGAAGACUCUGACCUGUUACGUAAUGUCUGUAUCUUUGGAAAAAGUAUGAUUUUUAUUUUUAUUUCUGAUUGUGUGAUUAAAAUAUUUGAGAUUGUAGUCGGUCUAAAGAUGACUAGUAGAAGACGAACAGUCUUUAUGACAAUAGUUUUUCUUGAUAGUGUCUAGUAAAAUCGAUGAUUUUGUGUUUUGAGCAUUCUAUGAGAACAUUCAAUGACAAAACUUCCUAGCGCACUCAUAAU